UCAUCCGAGUUUGGAAUUUUGAAGUUCUGCACGAAGCGCAAACUCCCGCACAAACCAUGGCUCCUUCGUAUCAUCUCGUAUACUUUGACAUCAGAGGAAGAGCUGAACCAAUUCGCAUUCUCUUUGCCUUGGCUGGUGCUUCUUAUACUGAGGAAAGAGUAAACCCAAGCGAGUGGCCAGCGUUAAAAACAAGUGGACGAUGCCCCUUUGGCCAGGUUCCUGUGUUAGAGCUUGGAGAUGGAAAAUCUCUUUGUCAAUCAGCAGUUAUCCUUAAAUAUGUGGCCAAUGAACUUGGCUUUAGUCCCAGCGAUAGCUAUGCUAAAGCACAGGCCGAGAUGUUUGUAGAUUCUAUUAAGGAUUUUCAAAAUGAAUUGCAAAGGCUUGCCCGGGAAAAAGCUGCAGAUCCUAAAGACGAGAAGAAGUCCUCUCUGUAUGAUGCAGAAAUUGCUAAGACUCUKGAAAUCAUAGACAACCUUCUUCAGCAAAAAAAUGGUGGUAAAAGCUAUUUACUUCCUGUGUURGAGCUUGGRGAUGGAAAAUCUCUUUGUCAAUCGUCAGUUAUCCUUAGAUAUGUGGCCAAUGAACUUGGUUUUACUCCCAGCGAUAGCUAUGGUAAAGCACGGGCUGAGGUGUUUGUAGAUGCUCUUAAGGAUUUGGAAAAUCAAUUCGGGAGGUUUAUCUGGGAAAAAGAUGCAGAUCGUAAAGCCAAGAUGAAGUCCUCUCUGUAUGAUGAAGAAAUUCCUAAGAAUCUGGAAUUUAUAGACAAGCUUUUUCAACAAAACAAUGGUGGUAAAGGCUAUUUAGUAGGAGACAAGAUAGUAAAUUGUUGYUAA